AUGAGUAAGGGGACACGCUCGGAAGAGGAAAGGCUUGAGCCUCCGACGGCAACCACGCUGUGGUGCUGCCCGUGCUUAGCGGAUGUUUGCUGCUGCUGCAAGGGAUGCUACAACUGCUGCAACUGUUGCAAGGCAGGGGCUCCCUGCCCUUUUUUCUACUUCUGUUUCCCAUGUUGUUGCUGCUGCUGCCGCCCUGUGGCGGCCUCAAAGGAAGUGGAUACGUCGGAGAUAGUAGUAUCCUCAACAGAGGCACAGGAAAGCAUGGAGGGAAUGACUCAGAUGGAAUCAGAGGAAGAGGAAGCCUUGGUAGAGGAGACAGCGGGAGAUGAGGUAGCAGCUGCUGGGGUCGCGGGGGCAGCGGCAGCUUCUGGAGGCACGGGAUCGGCGUCCGCAGCAAAACCUAAGGCGAGGCCACGGAAGCUGGCAAAGCCAGCUGGUAAGAAAGCACCAAAAAGCUCUCCCACCUUCUUUACUGGCAAGGCCGCUGGUCUGCCGCCUCCGUCUAAGGAGGCUUGCGAGGGACCUCCGCCAGAAGUGGAGGGCCCCUCAGUGCCCGUCGGGAUGGGUGCCUACUUAGUCUACAAGGACGCAGAUGGCGGGAAGUUGCUAACACAAUGGAGCAAAGAACCCUUGACUGGUGCCGGGGUCUUGGCAUAUCUUCGGCCGGAAAAAGAGGUCGGAGACUACAAGUUUGAGAAGAAAUCCGCGAUUGAGGUUCAUGCCACUAAUUGCCAGAAAUUUAUGUCCAGCGAGUUCCCGGCAGACCGCAUCAAGUUCUAUGAGGGCUGGGCCUCUUUUUUCAAGUUGCUUUCAUCGUGCGGUGGUAGCAUCACGUUACUGCCGGCUGCUGGCGCGGAGCCCCCGCCAAAGGUGAAGAUCGUCUUGGCAAAUAAGGGCAAGCUAAAAGCUGUGAAGAUUGGGCAAGAGGUGAAGAUUACAUCUUUCGACAGUCUCGUAGUCGCGCCAUCUAAUGCUGUGAAGUUUGAUGUGCCGGAGAUGCCGCAGUCGCAGUUUCAAACCCUGGCGAAUGCACAGGGUGUUUAUGUCAGCCUGAAAAAAUAA